AAAUACAUUUGUUUUGACUGAGCGAGCUUGUCCGCAUAUUUCUGCAAUUAAUCUUCUUAUAAUCGGAUUUUAAACCCAACCACACUGCUAACCUAAUGGCCCAACCUUAAAUUAACACCAAAAAGCGUAUUUUUGUUCAUGAAUUUUUACGACAUCUCCAAUUUUACUUUGUGGCUGUGUUUUCUAUUGGGAACCUCUAGCUAGCAAGCUAGCUACUCUCUGGCUAAAGUGUACUGCAAUUUUGUAUAAAAAGUUGAUUGAUUAUCCAAGUACUAGUUUGAAAAAUAUGCACUGGGCAUCAAAAUGAUUUCCCGAAUAGUUUUAAAAGAUGUGGUUCAGAGGUUCAAGAGUUUUACUCCUGAGUUCAGGCUCACGAGUGGGAUUGUUUUUGUCAUUAUAGUAUCAUUUGUUUUGUUUACUGUCACUACAUUUUUCGGUUUAUCAGAGGAUGUCUUCAGUCUUGGAACGACAGUUUUUGGCAAUGGUCAUGUGCACAAGCUCAUCACAUACUCCUUCCACCACAAGACAGUGACCCAGCUACUCCUCAGUAUUGGGGUUCUGGGGCCCCUCUGUGGUGGCAUUGAGAAGAAUGUUGGCACUGUUCGGUUCCUCUUCAUGUUUUUGCUGCUCUCUAUCAGCACAGGGGUGUUGUACAGCAUACUGGGUCUGCUACUGUUUGGUGCAUCUGCCCAGAACCAGGUGGAGUCUUUCAUUCCGGUAUCCCUUUCCCUUAUGGGUAUGGCCACAGUGCACUCCCGUAUGGUUAAGGGCUUUCUUUUCGGGGUCACUGUACCCAUGUUAGCCCUGCCCUGGCUGUUUCUGUUCAUCAUAACACUUUUGGUCCCACACACUGUCUUCCUUUGCAAUGUCAUGGCCAUCAUCGCAGGGGGGAUCUACGGAAAGGGCUGGCUCUCACUUCUGGACAUGUCCGAUGCCAGGGCAUCAGUGCUGGACAAGAAGAUGCCUUUCAGGCUGCUGAGGAACAUUGGUGUCCUGUAUGUCCCUGCAUCAAUAGAGGCGAGAAGGAAGACAGUCCACCCACCAAUCAUUCCAACCCCAGGCUCCUACCCAGUCCAAGCCUACGCUCCAGUGUCUUCUACCUCCAACCUACAGGCUACCGAGACCACACCAAAGACAUUUGAAGGCUGGGCCCACUCCUACUAUACACAGGGGAGCCCUGUUCAGGUCUCAGGUUAUUACGGACACAACCAUGGAUAUGGCCUCAAGCAUAGCUUUGGGCCAAGUUACGGACAUGGUCACAAACAUGGACACAGCUGCAGCCACAGCCAAGGUCAUGGACAUAGUCACGAACACAGCUUUGGCCAUGGACUCAGUCAUGGACAUGCAUCUGCCUCUCAAACCAGCAGUCACUGGGCUCUAGUGGCUCAACAUCCACAUUCUCAACAUUCCCACCUCAGUCCACUGUCUGUGUCUGUCAGUGCCCCCCAGAGUUUCACAGCAAACAUGCCGGAGUCACUGCCAGAAUCUGUGACGGUUCAUCCAGGAGCACCUGUGUCUUCACUGACAGAUUGAUGACUUCAAUCAGUAACACCAAAACUCGCUAUAGCUCGAUUGAAAUUCAAAGGCAAUGUUCUCGAAGACUGGAAAUGACCUUUACAUUUCAAGCGCGCUAUUUUCAGCAAUCACAAUCCUUGUAAAAACGUCAACUCAUGGUAUAACUAAUAACGUUUAUUUUUAUUUUAUUAUGUCAGUGUGGUUAUAAGCCGCUAUAGCUCUGAACUUCGGCGAUACCGAUUUAAUCGAGCCCAUAGUUGUCAUUCAAUGUGUUUUCUGUCUCAUGUUAUACAUUGAGAUGUAAUAUGCUUGGACAAGUGGUUUGAGGCAGUACUUGAAGGUCCACUUUUUCUUCACUGAUGUUUUUGGUUUGACUACUCAAGCAGGCUCUGAAUGUUCAAGGUCAAAUCAAUGCAAGAAAGCUUUGAUUGUCAGUUGAUUGUAAGACCUCCUUUUGGCUUGUGUGUUUUAUACUUUGUGUUUUUUUACAUAUACAGUAGACACAUCUCUUGAAACUCUUGAUUUAUACAACCUAGAUUAAAACAAAGUUUUUCAAAACCCUUAGUAAACAAUAACUGUUUUCACUUCAAACGGGUAGGACAUUUUAAUCACAAUUUCCCCCUUAACUACACUGAACAAAAAUAUAAACGCAACAUGUAAAGUGUUGGUCCCAUGUUUCAUGAGCUGAAAUAAAUCAUUCCAGAAAUUUUCCAAACGUACAAAAAGCUUAUUUCUCAAAUGUUGUGCACAAAUUUGUUUAAAUCCCUGUUAUUGGGCAUUUCUCCUUUGCCAAGAUAAUCCACCCACCUGACAGGUGUGGCAUAUCAAGAAGCUGAUUCAGGAUGCUCAUUACACAGGUGCACCUUGUGCUGGCACUUAAUUAAAGGCCACUCUAAAAUGUGCAGUUUUGUCACACAACACAAUGCUACGUGUCAAGUUUUGAGGGAGUGUGCAAUUGGCAUGCUGACUGCAGGAAUGUCCACCAGAGCUGUUACCAGAGAUUUUAAACUUAAUUUCUCUACCGUAAGCCGAAUCCGACGUUGUUUUAGAGAAUUUGGCAGUACGUCCAACCGGCCUCACAACCGCAGACCACGUGAUACCACGCCAGCCCAAGACCUCCACAGCCAGCUUCUUCACCUGUGGGAUUGUCUGACAGCCACCUGAUGAAACUGUAGGUUUGCACAACCAAAUAAUUUCUGCACAAACUGUCAGAAACCAUCCCAGGGAAGGUCAUCUGGUUGCUCGUCGUCCUCACCAGGGUCUUGACCUGACUGCAUUCGGCAUCGUAACUGACCUCAGUGGACAAAUGCUCACCGUCUAUGGCCACUGGCACGCUGGAGAAGUGUGCUCUUCAUGGUUGAAUCCCGGUUUCAACUGUACCGGGCAGAUUUACGACUGCAAAAUGAAUUGCCUCUCUGAGGACAAAGUUGAACUGUGUAUGGUGUCGUGUGGGUGAGCUGUUUGCUGAUGUGAAGGUUGUGAGCAGAGUGCCUAAUGGUGGCAGUGGGGUUCUGGUAUGGGCAGGCAUAAGCUACGGACAACGAACAGCAAAUUUGCACAGCCGUUGAAGAGGAGUGGGACAACAUUCCACAGGCCACAAUCAACAGCCUGAUCAAGUCUAUGUGAAGGAGAUGUGUCACGCUGCUUAAGGCAAAUGGUGGUCACACCAGAUACUGACUGGUUUUCUGAUCCACGUACCUACCUUUCUUUUAAGGUAUCUAUGACCAACACAUGCAUAUCUGUUUUCCCAGUCAUGUGAAAUCCAUAGAUUAGGGCCUAAUGAAUUUAUUUCAAAUGACUGAUUCCCUUAACUCCAGUAAAAUCUUUGAAAUUGUUGCAUUUAUACUUUUGUUCAGUGUACUUAAAUUAAAAUAGCAUCCACUCAGCACUAAAUUAGAUCCAUUACAUGCAGCUUGUUUUGCAAUGGAUCGUUCAAAAUGAUUGUCGAUUCAGAGGCAGGGGACAAGUGGGUGAGAUGAUCCAGAGAGUGGGCAACAAGGGCAGAUUAUGAUGUCAUCUUUGGAAAAUGAACUAGUCGUGCACAGGAAAGAGAAGCCAUAAAUGACAACCAAGACUAAAUAAAGCAAAUCAAUGAUC